AUGGAAUACGAAGGGUUGGAAAUACUUUUAAAAAGCAAACAUGAUCUUGAAGUGGAAACCAUCGCUGGGAACUUGACUGCACCAGUCCUAGAAGCCUUUCCGAAAACUGCGAAACUGAUCGACUCUCCUUUCAGUGGUCUUCAAAUACGACUGAAGCUGCUCGCGGAAAUAGCCCAGUCCGCUUCUGAAAGCAAAGACUUGAUUGUCUCGGCGGACAUGCUCGCAUACUCAAAACUGCUACUAGAACAAGCGGUCGUUUUUGCAAUUUCUCCGAACUUAAGUAAAGGAAUUGGAAUUCCAGUUGAGAAACGACUGAAGAUGCAUGAAAAGUCAGUGUUCAAAGUUGAUUUUCAGCGAAACAAAGAUCCAAGCGCCGAAGUGCUACAUAUGACAUUGGAGAGUAUGUACGACAUUUUGACAUCCAAAACAAUGUUUGCUCCGUCCGCAAAACGAUUAAGCAUAGACAUCCUCUGUGCAUGCAUACAAUUGGGCUUUGGACGAAAGAAUGAUGCGCAAAAUGACAACGAGAUGUUUGCAACGCGCGAGCAGGGUCUUUCAGCCCGAAGAAUGCUGCUGUCUUUUUGUGACAGCACUCCACUCACGCUCGUCUUCCAAGAACUGUGUCUCAUCAUGAUUGCAGAAAAGCAAUCCGAAGGAAAGUGGGGCCCUCGGACUUGGUUCAGAGCUGGUUGCAAAAAGAUUAUUCAGCGAUGCAUGAAACAGGAAAACGCACUCUCCGCCUUCCUCGAUGCUCUCAUGGGUCCAGAAAGCGUUCUGAUGAAAACUCCCCAGCCGAUUUCGUCAAUCAAAUUGUACGUUUCUUUAGCCGGCCCACUGGAUAGCGAAGAUAAAUUUGAAGAAAUGAAAAUACUUUUGGAGGGAGCCGACAACCUUGAACCAAAUCAAGCACUUUUUCUAUCCGUCGUCAUCGCUCAGCAGAAGCUUUAUAAACUUAUUACUUUCGAUGAAGACAACGCGUCCUCGAGCAUGCGCAGAAUAAAGACCGUUCUCCAGUGUCUGCCUAAAGAUUCAGACAUCGGUGGCUUGGAAGAGGUCCACCAGUUCGCAAAGAAACAGACUAAGGUUAUUUAUCAAUACGCUAUCGUCUUGGGGCAGAACUGUAUCGAAGGCCAAACUAAUUACGACACCGCCUUCGAAGUUCUUCAAAUCCUCUCAUCCACGGAUAUCCUCAGCCUCGUUCACUCCAGAGCUGAGUUUUCCUACAAUUUCGAUUUCACAAGAGUCCCUCCAAAGCCAUUCAACGGAGAUGUUGAAAUCCGGAUUUUGGCGGAACUCAUCCGCCAAACAAGUCGCAACUGCCGUCUUGAUAUUCUAGUCGAUUUGUUGAAAUUUUCCUUUCGUUCAACAGAUAUGGAGUACAAGGAAGCUUACUGUCUCCUGUUAGGGGCAUUUUUGGAAACAUCGCCGGAAUUCGUUGUUGAGCUGAUGAAUAACGAAGAGAACAUUCCUCAGAUUUUAACAGUUUGUGAACUGAUCUUUCCGCACGCAGAUGAUUCUGACCUUCGUCAGUUCAUCCUCUCCAUCGUGGCCCUCCUUCUUUCAGACUUGGUUGGCUAUUCGCUUGCUACGAAGAAGCAGGUCCGUGAGAGAAUGGCCCCCAUUAUCACUCAGCUCAUUCACUCCGAGGAGAAUGCGGAGGUAUUGCGCACCGCGAAAGAUAUUCUGACGAAAGUCCUUACCUUCGGCCAGACGCAAAAUGAAACGAAGAAAAGCCAUGAAGACGAGUGGAAAUCAACAGGCAAGGAAAAUCUAUCGCAUUCCAAAGACAAGAAAAUGACUCUGAGAACUUGGGCAGAAUAUUUGGACUCGAAUGAAAUACCGCUUCGUAGUGGAGCGAUAAGAGAACUCACAUCAGCUCUUCAAAAGAACGCGCUCCCGGAUGAUCUCUCCGAAAAAUUAGAAAAGAACUGCAUGCUAGUUUUGCAACUGAAGACGGAGCCGUUUUUAUUUCUCUCUGCUGUGGAGGCAUUGUGCCAAUUCGCUCUCAAGCGAAAAGAAGUCUUUGAUCAUCUGGUGGAUCUUCUCAGAACGCAGGCGUCCAGAAAUCCUGAGUUAGCUGUUCAAAUCGGAGAGGUACUUUCCCGAACAUGCAAAGGACUCGGGGAUAUGGCUCCUUGUUACGCAACAACCCUUAUUCCAGUUCUUUUGUCGAUUGCUUCUGCCAAAAAUCUCGACAACAUGAUAAUAGCGAGUGCGAUUUCUACCGCCAGUGAUCUACUGCCUCUUUGUAAAUUUCUCCUUCAUGACAUACAGUACGAAGUCGGUGCGGCUAUUGUUGGCUUCCUUUCGCCAACAGUCGACGAAUCCGUUCAAAAGUCCGCUUGCGAAAUGGCAAAACAGAUAUUUACCGCUAUCGGGCCUCGAUUCUCGACUUUCACGGACGGAAUCGUUCUCGAGGUCUAUCGAGCGCUAAAGAAGAUUGUUAAAGAUCCCCUUACGUCAAAAUGGCUCUAUAACAGCGCUGCUCUGGCGCUGGAGUCCGUCGACCAGGCUGUGAAAGAUUACCUGACUCCAUCACAGAAAAUGGAAAAGAAAAUUCAAAGAGGCGCACUUGUCGGAAUUAUGAACUCAGCUCCCCUCAGUAUUCGGCGACGCGCAUGUGGAAUCAACCCGAGGCGCGCUCAGCACCAACUAGAAUGCAUCGCUGAAGAUCAUCUAGUUCGAGGCCAGAAGACAAUAGAAGCUAAGUUGCCUGAUCACACGAAGAGCACUUAUGCCAUUGCUUUCUCUGCAUGUGGCAAAUACUGUGCUACUUCUACCGGGGAUCACAAUGUUCACGUAAUCGAGCGAGCAACGGGGAAGCUAGUGAAAACCCUAACAGGUCAUCCUCGGACUUGCUGGUCGGUCGUCUUCCAUCCCAAAAAUCCAAAGCUCAUUGCAUCCGCUGAUCUCAGUGGAGAGGUGCGCGUCUGGUGCGUCGAUACGGGAGAAGGGCCCGUCUGGAGACGCGUUAGAGGCGUCGUGGAAAGAGAAACGAAUAGCGAAUUCAUUGAAAACAUAGAAAACAUUCCUCCUCCUGACGAGGAGGAACUGGGGGUAUCGGUAUGCUUUCAUCCACGAGACAAUGUGCUAGCUAUAGGUAUUAGCAAUGAAUUGCACUUGUGGGAUUGGUGGGAAGACUUUAAGCCUUUUGUCUCUCUCAAAACAGGUUCUGACGCAGAAAAAUAUUAUUCUGCCGUUUUUCGCCGGAUGGAAAACAACUUAUCACUGCCAUCAGUAGCGCUCCAGAAACUGCCUCUCCCCAGCCCCCAGACCCUUUUCAAGAGAUCAUAA